AUGAGAUUCUUUGUGUGUGUUUUGGCUCUAGCCGCCACAUUGGCAACAGCAAAUGCAGGACUUCUGGGUCUGCUGAAAGGUGGCGGAGGCGGCGGCGGCGGAGGAUAUGGCGGCGGCGGCGGCGGCGGCGGCGGAUGGAGCGGCGGUGGGGGCGGAGGCGGAUGGAGUGGAGGUGGUGGCGGUGGAUAUGCCAGUAAUUAUGGAUAUGGCGGCCACGGCGGCGGUGGCGGCGGCGUACAAGUCAUCAAAGUUAUUCACACCGAUGGCGGUGGCUACGGAGGCGGUGGCUACGGAGGCGGUGGGUACGGAGGCGGUGGCUACGGAGGAGGAUAUUCCGGGGGAUAUUCUGGUGGUCACGGCUACAGCGGUGGGGGCGGUGGUGGUCAUGUUGAGGUUUACAAGGUGAUUACCACAACUUCUCACGGUUCCGGCGGCUAUGGUGGUGGCGGCUAUGGCGGUGGCGGCUAUGGCGGUGGCGGUUAUGGCGGUGGCGGUUAUGGCGGUGGUGGCUGGUCUGGCGGCGGCGGAGGCGGCGGUGGCUGGUCCAGCGGCAAGUCCGGUUGGUGGAAGAAAUAA